AUGCCCCCGAAGCGAAAAAUCAAGCUUGCAAAGGAAGCCGCAGAGGCCAAGGGCUCGGAGGAUGAUGCACAGACUGAAAUCAGGAAUGACGCCUCUGGUUCUACUCGUUUAGUUCCUCGGCCUUCAGGUUUGACUGCUGAGGACAUUCAAGCUGCAUUGUCACGCUAUCAGCAUCGUAUAUCUCAGCUGACCGAGUCAAAAACUGGAUCUCAAUUGCAAGAGCUGGACGAUUGGAGGUUGAAUGAACUCCCCAAGUUGGUCAAAUCACGCAAACCGGCACACAUUGAGAAGUCAGAGCUGGAGAGAUUGAUGGAAUGGAAACUCGCUCGGGGCAAAUUUAGACCGACCCUUCCCGCUCUAAUUGCCCAAAACACCCCUGUCAAAGUCAAAUCCAGCACCCAAGAGGCCUUCUCUUCUCUCUCGAAUAUCAAGUCCUCAACUCCGUCAUACCAAUCAUUCCGUACUCUACUCAAGUCACUGUGCGGAGCUCUAAAAGGUGUUGGCCCAGCAACUGGGUCGCUUCUGCUCUCCAUAUCCGACGAUAGGGUGCCAUUCAUGAGCGAUGAAGCGUAUAUCUGGAUCAUGUAUGCUGAUCAGGGAACCAAGAAAAAAGAUAUCAAGUAUACCGAGAAAGGUUACUUGGAUUAUGCGGUACGCAUGUGGGAGGCAGCGGAAAAUGCGGGCACUUCACCAGCAGAGUUGGAACAAGUUGCAUGGGUACUCGGCUGGGAAUGGAUAUCGGGAAUUGAGCUUGCACCCACAUCCAAAUCAUUAGACGGAGAGCCUGAGGCUGAUCAAGAGUCAACCGCCAUGAAGCGCUGCCACGAAUCAACUAUUGAUGGUAUUCCAUGGCCACAGCCCGAGAACACUGAGAACAUGCCAAAUCAAGUAUUCAAGAAACGACGGAUGGUUCAUAGUGAUAGCUGGAGCGGAUUGUGUAGGAGGAGAUCUCUGAGGGAUAUCAAUAACCUAUCGGAGCAUCCCGCUUCUAUCCCGCAUGACGAGAAAACUACGUUAAAAGUUACUCAAAGCAGGAUUCAGAGGACGACCGUAAUUGAAUCAGGCAAGGAGGUGACCCCAGAAUCAGUCCAUACAGGAGCGAACAUACCCUCACAUGGGUCCUGCUCUCAACAUCAAGCUACGCUCACAAAUUCUCACCCUCUCCCUACGUCUGUCCCUGACCGACAAGCGUCUGUUUCGGGCCCCGCAUCAUCAAGCUCGAAGAUUUCCAGAGUAGCAGCAACACAUCCACUUCCUCGUUUUGCUUCGCAUGAAAAUUCAGUAAGGAUUACUCAAUCGCGAACAUCUCAACAAACUCGACCCUCCGGUUCCUCUCCUAACUUGGAUUCGGAUCAGGAUGAUGACAGUGAUAAUGGCAGUGAUGAGGAGAGUGAUAAUGAGCCUGGGCCAGACCUAGGGAUUCAAAUUGAUAGCGACGAAAAACAAAGGGUGGAAAAUAACUAUUCCGAAAUGAACAAGUUGCUCGGAAAUCUAUUCUUAUCGCGGCAUCGUAACCGCUCAGACCAGAUUCUUCCCCACGUUUCUUCGCGGCUCCAUACUCCUCGCCACAACUCAGACCUGGUUUUAGAGAACGCAACACCCUCGUCUACCAAAAUUCAGAGAAUUGCAUCUACUACUUCAGGCUCUUCAGCCUGGAAGCAGUUGCGCUGUGUUACUAAACACCCCGUUCUCUCUGUAUUUUCAGACAAGACCAGCUCCGGAGCAAGCAUGCAGGACUUCUCUGAUGACGUUGACUAUGACAUGGAUUCCGCCUUCCUGGCCGAAAUAGACGCUAUCGAGGCGGCAAUCGAACCUGUUCGUGCAACCCCGGCAAAGCCUGUAGUGGCUAAACCCACACCUAACAUCUCUCGGCCCUUCCCUACACCGAACGUAUCCAAAUCGGCAGCUGCUCCCUUCACUCCAGCAGUCCCCAAAGCUCCACCCCCAGCGAGCAAUCGACCCGCCUUUCGGCCAAGCGGUCGGUCUACAUCCUCCACAGGGCCCUCGGUAUCAAGUAUACGUAACGCUGUGCGUUCGGCAUUGGUGGCUAGCCAGACUGGAAGCCAACCAAGCACUACAAACAAUUCGCAAAACAACUCUCCUCGACCGGCACCUGAAGCUUCAGAUCCCAUCACGGAUAUCAUAGGAAAAACUCCAACCCGUCGGGCCAGUUUCGAUUCAAUUCCAUCGCCCUCACCGGGUCGUAAGCGUGCGAUCUCAGUACAUUCAUCGGACGAUUACUCGUGUUACGAUAUCCCCGAAGAUGCUUUGGAUGAGAUCGAGGAGAUUGCAGAGUCAGCUCUCACUGGUCGUUCAGGAUCUCUGGCAUCUAACGCCACUCGACAAAUGAACUUGUUCGGAGGAGUUGCUCCACAAACGCCCGGUGCAAGCGGCAGUGGUGCUCGUGGGUUUGCCUCCAGUGCAAUUGCUAGCGCCAGGCGGACUGUUUCCAAGAACGAUGGCCUUUUUGGCCGACCCCAUCACCGGCAGCAAACCAAGUCGUGGGAUUAUGUCAAGGCUGCGGAGGCCAUCAAAAGCCAGAAGGGAAAAGGUCGCGCGCGUGACUCGGAGGGUGAGGACGAUGAAGAACUGGAACAAUUCCCGGAUUUUACGGCACCCCUUGAAGUUUCUGUCAAACCUUCGACGAAAAUGCAAUGUCUUGGCAAAACUUUCAUAGCAGGUUCUGUUAUGCUGAAUUUUUACACUUGGUUUCCUACUGGAAAGGUUGUGUUUGUUGCACCAACCAAGCCUUUGGUAGCUCAGCAAAUAGAGGCUUGUCACGAGAGCUGUGGUAUCCCUGGAAGGGAUGCAAUCGAAUUGACUGGGACUGUGACCAAAAACUUGCGAAGACGAGCGUGGGAAGAGAAACGAGUGUUUUAUAUGACUCCUCAGACGUUCUUUAACGACUUGAAGGAUGGGACUUGCGAUGCCGAGGACAUUGUGCUGGUGGUAAUUGAUGAAGCCCACCGUGCCACUGGUUCAUACGCAUAUGUGACAAUAGUGCACUAUUUGAUGGCACGUAACCCACAUCAUCGGAUUCUCGCAUUGAGUGCCACCCCUGGGAAGAACUCGGAGACCGUUCAGUCUAUUGUAGAUGGCUUACAUAUUAGUCGAAUCGAGAUCCGUGACGAGAACAGUAUGGACCUACAAAAGUAUAUCUUCAAGAAACACACAGACAUACAAAUUGUAGCGAUGAAUGACGGAAUUAAUGACAUCAAAGCCAGUUUGGUAUCUGUUAUGAAUCCUCUGCUCAAGACGGUCCAGACAGCUGGAUGCUGCAAUAAUGCUGACCCAGAAACUAUGAAUGCCUAUCGCGCUACAGCCGAAAUAACUAGCGCCAUGCAUACGAAGGAUAAAAACAAGAUGCGCGUCUUGCAUCCCCUAAAAUCUCUAGCUGUUCUUGCUCGAGCCAUGGGAUAUUUGGUAGAGUGCAGUGUCGCAAUGUGUGAGAGGGUUCUCAAAGACUUCUACGAGAGUGGCGGGAAACAGCACCAGUCUACUUGGAAUAAGAACACGGAAUUUCAAGCGACGUUGAAUCAGAUUUCUAAGUAUCGUCUUGAAGGAGCUGGAAUGGGGUCAGCGACAAGGUUCCCACCCCAUCCCAAGAUGGAGAAGCUUAACGAAAUUCUUGUUGGACAUUUCGAUACCCCUGAUGCAAACGAAACUCGAGUAAUGGUUUUUACGAAUUUCCGAGAAAGUGUCGAUGAGAUUGUCGCACAUCUGAACUCGAACGAAUCUGGGAAAAUUAAGGCACAUAGGUUCAUCGGCCAGGCCGGUGGAAAAGGAGGUGACAAAGGCAUGAGUCAAAAGGAGCAGCUUGGGGCAAUCAAACGUUUCAAAUCUGGUGAAUUUAACGUUCUUGUGGCAACUUCGAUCGGUGAAGAAGGCCUUGACAUUGGCGAGAUUGAUUUGAUCGUAUGUUACGAUGCCCAAAAGGCCCCGCUUCAAAGAGUGGGACGAACCGGCCGAAAACGUGAGGGUAAAGUAGUUGUUCUACUUGCCGAGAUUCGAGAGGAACGAAAUUGGGAGAAGGCAAAAGAAUCUUACCGUGAUGUCCAACAGGCCAUCAUCGAUGGGUCCUCUAUCGAAUUAUUCAAUGAUGCAGCUCGGAUGGUGCCCGAAGGAGUUCAACCUCAAUGCAUUGAGAAGAGGUUGGAUAUCGAACCAUAUGACCGUGAAGUACAUGGUGACUUGACUGGCAAGAGACUUCGUACCAAAGCCGAAGGUUCGACUGGUGCAAAGAAGCGAAAGCGUAACUCGGACGUUGCUCGCAACGUUCCAGAAGGUGCAUUACUAGGGUUCAUAACAGCGGCAAACUUGACUGUGCGCAAGAAAAACUCCAAGAAAAAGGCGACGACCUCCCGCGCAGAUGGAUUGGAUUCGGACGACGAUGCAAUUGAGGCGGGUGUGUUCGGGUCGCCUGACCGUACUCUCGACCUCGACGAUGACGAAGAUACUCCUGCUCAUAAACGGACGACCAAGGCAAAGACACCCGCGACAAGACCCAAGCCUAAACCCAGGAAGUCAACCACUGCCGCUGAAGAUUCCUCGGAACCGUUGACUAUCUCAACCCGCACCAACCUCGCCCAAGAAGACCAGGCGAACCAAGUCAACCCCUUCAACUACUUCGAAACGUUCCUUUAG